CGAAAGAAGUCUGAAGGAGUGAAUCCACUGUAAACAACGCCUCACAACAUCAACAGUUUCUUUCUAUACCCCUCUACACUCUCAUCAAACUCUAUGGCUGAACUCGUGCUUUCUUCCCUCCUCCCUCUCCUCUUUGAGAAGCUGUCCGAUGCAGCUUUGAAAACCAUUGCUCGCCACAAGGGACUUGAUGCUGAGAUCAAGAAGUGGCAGAGAUCCUUAAAACAAAUCCAACGUGUGCUUGCUGAUGCUUCUCGGAAGGAGAUAACCGAUGAGGCUGUGAAAGGAUGGCUCAAUGAUCUCCAGCAUCUGGCUUAUGACAUUGAUGACGUACUCGAUGGCUGGGUGACCGAAGCCAUGCAAAGUGAUCAGUCCACCCACGACUCAGAAGGCAUCACCGGCAAGGUAAGAAAGCUAAUCACCCCAACUUGUUGCACAAAUUUCCCACGGGAUGCUACGAUGCUUGCCAAGUUAGAUGAUAUUUCCACCAAAUUACAAGAUCUUGUUAAGGAGAAAGCUGACCUUGGUUUGAGAGUGGAGGAGGAAACCAGGCCAAGAAAUAAUAAUAGUAACAACAAUAGAAGAUUCCAAUCCUCUGUUGUCAACCCAUCUCGUAUUGUUGGACGCCAAGCUGAGAAAGAUGCACUGGUUCAACAGUUAUUGUUACCGGCUGAUGAACCAUGUGAUCAAAACUAUAGCAUUGUUCCCAUAAUUGGUAUAGGUGGGGUUGGGAAAACUACCCUGGCUGGGCUUUUGUACAACGAUGUUCAAGUCAACAAUCACUUCGAACUCAAGGCGUGGAUCUGCAUCUCAGAUGACUUUGAUAUCUCUGUUAGAAGCAAAGAGAUCUUUAUAGCUUUUGGAGGUGAGGUAAAGAGGGAACACGAAAAUUUUAAUAAACUUCAAGAAGCUAUUAGAGAUCACCUAACACAAAAAAGAUUUUUAUUGGUGUUAGAUGAUGUGUGGAGUGAGAGUCGUGAGGAUUGGGAAACCCUCGUCAGGCCCUUUUAUACAUGUUCUCCAGGAAGUAAAAUCGUAGUAACAACACGAAAGAAUAUAUUGCUAAAAAAGCUGGGUUACAAUUCUCUAUACAAGCAUCUGGAGAGCCUGUCAGAUGAUGAUGCUUUAUCUUUGUUUGCCCUACAUGCAUUAGGCGUAAGAAAUUUUGAUUCACAUUUGUCACUUAAACCACAUGGUGAAGGCAUUGUGAAAAAAUGUAAAAAAUUGCCUCUGGCAUUGAUCGCACUUGGUACAUCACUGAGGACAAGAAAAGAUGAAGAUUCAUGGAAGGGAGUGUUAGAAAGUGAGAUAUGGACAUCACCAGUUGAAGGUGAAGUCAUCCCAGCACUGAGACUUAGCUACCAUGAUCUUUUGGCACCUUUGAAGCGGUUGUUUGCAUACUGCUCCUUAUUCCCCAAGGACUUCUUGUUUGACAAGGAGGAACUGGUUUUAUUAUGGAUGGCUGAAGGGUUCUUGCAGCAGGCAACUCCAAAUGAUUCAAUAGAAGAACAAUGCUUGGGUCGCAAAUUCUUUGAAGAGUUGUUGUCAAGGUCAUUUUUUCAACACGCACCUAAUAAUGAAUCAUUAUUUGUGAUGCAUGACCUCAUGAAUGACUUGGCGACAUCUGUUGCUACCGAGUUUUAUUUUAGGUUAGACAACGAGUCACGGAAGAAUAUUAAGAAUAUGAAGCUAGACAAGUACCGCCAUAUGUCAUUUGUUUGUGAGAAAUAUGUAGCUUACGAGAAGCUCCAGGUACUUGAAAACACCAAAUGUCUGAGGACAUUCUUGGCAACGUUUGCUGGGGAGGUGGAACGUUUGGAAAAAUUUUACUUAUCCAAUAAGAUUCUGACUGACUUGCUUCCUAAGUUACCAUUAUUAAGGGUUCUAAGUUUGAGCGGCUUUGAAAUAAGUGAGUUACCGGAGUCCAUUGGUACUUUGAGGCACUUGAGAUAUCUUAAUCUAUCUCAAACUCAUAUCACACAUUUACCGGAAAAGGUUUGCAAUCUAGUUAAUUUACAAGCAUUGAUCCUGUUUGGUUGUUAUAAAUUAACUGAGUUGCCCAACAACUUCCUAAAUCUGAAGAACCUGCAACAUCUUGAUGUUAGGGACACCCGACUUUUGUUUAAGAUCUUGUCAGGGAUUGGCGAGUUGAAAAGCCUACACAUUAAUCUCUCGAAAAUCAUUAUCAGAAGCGAAGAUGGAUUUGAAAUAGCCAAACUUAAUGACUUUAAGAAUCUAAGUGGGAAAAUUUCUGUUGUAGGUUUGGAAAAAGUGCAAAAUGCAACCUAUGCACAUGAGGCGAACUUUUCACAAAAGAAGCUUAGUGAGUUAGAGCUUGUUUGGAGUGACGGGCUAUAUGAUUCACGAAAUGAAAUGCUUGAAAAAGAGCUCCUAAAUGAGCUAAAGCCUUGUCAAGAUGAGUUAAUACAACUCAAAAUUAGGUUAUACGGGGGAAAAGAAUUUCCAAAUUGGGUUGGGGAUCCCUCAUUUCUUCAUUUGAAGUAUGUGUCAAUAAAGGGUUGUAAGAGAUGUACAUCAAUGCCGCCACUAGGACAACUACCGUCACUGAAGGAGUUGUUAAUUGAAGGCUUACAUGGCUGGAAGAAAUGGUCAGGGGCUGUGUUUCCACGCUUGCAAAAGCUUGAAAUAAAAGAUUGUCCUAAUUUGGUUGAAGUCACACUUGAAGCACUGCCUUCAUUGAAUGAUCUAAAAUUAUAUCACUGUGACAGUGGUGUGUUGAGAAGUCUGGCUGAAGUAGCUUCAGCAGUCACCAAGUUGGGUAUAAAUGGUAUUUCCGGGCUUAACGAUGUGGUGUGGGGAGGUGUUACAGAGUAUCUUGGGGCAGUGGAAGAAUUAAGGAUAUGGAGAUGUAAUGAAAUAAGAUACCUAGUGAAAUCAGAUGCAGAUGCAACUAAGAUUCUUGUGAAGCUGAGGACAUUGGAAAUGAGAGGUUGUGAUAAUUUGGUGAGUUUAGGAGAGAAAGAGGAGGAGAAGGAGUUGGAUAAUUGUAGGAGCAACCUCCUAACAUCUCUUAGGACGUUGGAUGUGUCUAAUUGUAAGAAUAUAGAGCGUUGCAGCUGUCCAGAUGGCAUUGAGGAGUUGACUGUCUAUAGUUGUAGUUCAAUGAGAGUUGUGUCCUUUCCAAAAGGAGGACAGGAGAAGCUCAAGAGACUUACAAUCGAUAGUUGCAGGAACCUAUUGGAAAAGGAGUGGGAGCGGGGAGGACAAAAAAUGAACAGAAGCUGCAUGCCCAUGCUUGAAUAUGUAUAUAUAAGUUAUUGGCCAAAUCUGAAAUCAGUCAUUGAAUUGAACUGCUUGGUUCACCUCACUGAAUUGAGAAUAGAAGAUUGUGAAAACCUUGAGUCAUUUCCAGACACUUUAACAUCCUUAAAGAAACUGGAAAUAAUAAAGUGUCCCAAAUUGGAUGCUUCUGUUCCUGGUUGGGUUUGGCCUCCUAAUCUGCAAUUCUUAAAACUUGGGAGGUUGAAGAAGCCCUUCUCCAAGUGGGGCCCACAAAGUUUUCCAACCUCACUUGUGGAACUAGAGUUAUACGGUGGUGGUGAAGAUGGCUUGAGUAGUAGUAGUGAAUUUUCUCAUCUUCUUCCUUCAUCUCUUACUUCUCUUAGCAUAAGUGAAUUUGAGAAAUUGGAAUCAGUUUCAAUGGGACUCCAACACCUCCAACGUCUCUCUUUUUCCAAUUGCCCUAAUCUGAAGGAAGUGUCUUGGCAUCCCCAACACCUCACCUCCCUCCACCAUCUCUCUUUUUGGUAUUGCCCUGAGAUGAUGGAUCUACCAGAAAUGUUGUUGCCUUCACUCUUGAGUUUAGAAAUCUCGGGUAAUUGCCCAGAAGGUCUGAAAGAAAGAUGCAGUAAAAGAGGCAGAUACUGGCCCCUCAUCUCCCAUAUCCCCUACAUCUACAUACCAUGAAGUUAAUAUGAAGGUAUC